CCAGGCAAGCCCGCUGAGUCAGACGCUGCUGCUGCUGCUGCCGCGAACGGGCCAUCGCCGACUCCAGGGCCAGUGCAAAGGUUUGCGCCUCGGAAGGCUCCUUGCGCCUAGACCGACGAGGCUGUUUCCGAGCCAGCCGGCGAGGGGGAGCGCAGCGGCCGGCGCGACGUUGGGGGCUUGGCAAAACAGCGAUAGGAAGGAUUUGCAGCUGCCGGAGAGGAGAGGAGAGGGAAGAAAGAACAAACUCUGAAGGAGAAACAAGCAAAAUGAAACAAGCCCUGUUCCUGGGCAUUACCUUCUGUCUCCUCUUCAGAUUUCCAUCCUGCCUCGUGAUUGCAAGUGCAGAGGACAGAGAAGAACAUCAGGAUGCUGCGGUCGGCCCUGCUUUGUCCCCGCUGAAACUCGGGCUCUCCAUCUGUGCAAUGAAAGCUGAUGCUGGUCCCUGCAAAGCCCUCCACACCCGAUAUCACUUUGACAUUUUGACCCGCCAGUGUGAAAUAUUUGACUACGGUGGAUGUGAAGGCAAUGAAAACAACUUUUUAACUCUAGAAGAAUGCCAAGCAACGUGUUUAGUUCCAGAUUUGCCUGAGAAAAAGAAGAAAGCAAGAUUUAAGAAAGAAAAACCUUCUUUUUGCCUUUUGGAGAAUGAUCCUGGAAUCUGCCGGGGAUUGAUUUCCAGGCAUUUCUACAACAAAGAGUCACAGCAGUGUGAAAAAUUCAUGUAUGGUGGGUGCCUAGGAAACCAGAACAACUUUGAGUCUUUGAAAGAAUGCCAGGAUAUCUGCCAGGACAGCCCCAAUUUGCUGCAGAUGGAGGAUGAAAAGCUGGCACUUGCAAGUGUGGCCAAUCAGAGCUCCCCAUCUGUAAAGCAGGUUGUGCAGGUGAGAGAAAGGAACUGCUGGGAAGAGACUGCUCAUUUCCACCCCAUCUUUCUGGUGACUAUCUGCCUCUGCACUCAGAUGUGCUUCUGGGAAUUGGCAGGCAGUUUUGUGGAUGAUGGCUCAGCCCAGAUGCCUUCCUUUUGUAUGACAUCUAUGGAUAGAGGCCUUUGCAGAGCCAAUGAGAAAAGAUUCUUCUAUAAUCAUACAGCUGGAAAAUGCCAUCCAUUCAGUUACAGUGGUUGUGGUGGGAAUGUAAAUAACUUUACCUCCAGAAAGUCCUGCCUUCGGAUGUGUAAGAAAGGUUUCAUGAAAAACCAGCGGGGGCAGCAAGGCCUCAUGAAGAUCCGUCGGAAACGGAAGAAGCAGCCCGUGAAGCUGACCGAAGAGGAGAUUGUCAUUGAAAGGAUAUGAGUUAGCCAUGUUCUCUCUAACAAAAAUGUUCUCUCUUUAAAAAAAAAUGUUUUGGAAAUGUCCCUUUGUGAAAUAUUGAGUAUCAUUUAAUUACAUGCCUUGUUUUGCAUUUUGAGUCCAUCAAAGUUUCAUAUUUUUUCUUUCCCUUGUCAAUUGUUUGGCAGUAGGAGCUGACAUCCUGCUAAACCUGCAAUGCCGCUCACCUUUAUGUAGAAAUAAGACCCACGUUAUACAGUUGAACUGAUGAGGUGACCUUAUCCCACAGUUGCAUGGAAAUCAGUAGGUCUUAUUGCCACAUAAAGGCUAUUGGCAUUGCAGGAUAUAUAAAUCUAUGAGACCGAAUUCUUUUGUCCUUUGUAUUCUUCCUGCAGUCUCUCUGAUACCAAAAUGCUAAUCUGUGGAAAUGAGCAAUUCAGUCUAUAAAUCCUGAAAAGAAGCUCUAAGAUCGCAGAUUAAUAAAAGAUUCCGGCUACGAGGUAGCAUUUUGCUACAAAUAAAUCCAGUAGAUGAGAAUCUCCAGACUUUGAAGUGAGACAGCUGCUGCAACAAUAGUAGUUGAUGGGGAUCUUUGGUUUGCAGCAAAUAUACAAGAACGUGAGAUGUGUAAUACUUGAUUUUUGUAUUGGCUUUGAAAAUCUUUUGUAUCACAAUCUUGUUCCAGGUAGAUCUGUAUUAUAUUUUUUUUUAAUUGUGUUGUGCCAAUAUACACUAAAAAGAAGCACAGUGGGAUGAGUGUGUGUGAGCAAUUCUCAGCUAAACACAAUGAAUUAAAAUUUGUGCAUUCAAUGAAA